GAUAAACUGACAAGUACCAUGAACACGAAGAUUCUCAAGUCCAAUCGCAACAUUGUCGAUGGAGCACUACAUAUAAGUAUACUACACACUCAUACUCGUCCUCCGUAAUCAACCAACGCCAGGAUCUGAUCCUGCGACAUAUCGAAGGAUCUUACUAGUGUUCCACCUACUCGGUCUCGACUGAAGGAAGAAUGAAGAGGGAAUAAUGAGAACAAUUAUGGCCGUGAAACUCUAAUCAAAGACAUGGAUAAUAUAACUCCAGAAACACUCACAUUCAUACCCAUGGACUCAUGGCUCUUCGGUAGUAGAUGACAGAGACCAUGUCGACGGCGUAUGCGGCAGAGAGCAAUCUGCCCACCAUCCUCGGCGUGCUGACCACCUUUUUCUUCCUGUCGAUCAUCGUCGUUGGUCUGCGGAUAUACAGCCGGGUGGUCAUUGCCCGGGCUCCAGGGAUCGACGAUGGCCUAAUAAUUCUUGCAGCGAUCUGCCAGCUCGGUCAAUGGAUCGUCAUCCUCAUCCAGUCUCGCCACGGCCUGGGCAGACACGAGUCGACCAUCUCCGCCGCCGAGCUCAUCAUCUACAACCAUGCCAGCUUCGUGGGCAACAUCGUGGGCAUCGCCAUCGGGACCAUGUUCCUCAAGCUGUCCAUCGCGGCCAACCUGCUGCGCCUCUGCCAGCAGCGCUGGUUCACGCUCGCGCUGUGGGUGCUCGUCGUGAUCAUCAUCGCCUACGAGAUGGUCGGCACCCUGUUCUUCUUCCUCGUCUGUCGGCCCAUGUCGGGCUCCUGGGAUCCUUACGCGGGGGCAAAGUGUUCGUCUACAGAGACCAUUGUCAUUUUCGGUCUCGUCAACACCAGCUUCAAUAUCAUCACUGAUGUCGCGCUGGCGAUCCUGCCUAUUCCCAUCAUCUGGCGCCUGAACAUGAAGAAAUCUGUGCGGCUGUAUCUGGUUGGAAUUCUCAGCCUGGGAUAUUUGGCCGUCGCGAUGGACAUUGUCAAAACAUACUACCAGGAAACGUACACGGUCGAGACGGACGAAACAUACACCUUCAGUCUCAUCUUCUACGGCUUCCUCGAGGACUGCAUCGGGAUGACGGCCGCCAGCGUGCCCAUGCUGAAACCGCUGGUGGGCAGAGUGCUGGGGCUAAAUUCCACGCGCGACACCUACUACCCGCACGGCAGCAACAGCAACACCCCCUGGAGCCAGGGGCGGUCGCAACACAACGCCAGCGCCAGUGCGAGCGGAGGGAUGCGAUCCCACGGCGGCCGGCCAGGAGGAGGCAAGCGAGCACCGCCCGACAUGUACGAGCUGGACGAGCGCGAGACCGACAGCGACGAAGGGGCCAGCACGCAGAGCAAGGCGUUUCCCUAUCGCCACGAACCGGGCAGUGAAGAGAACAUCCUGCAGGAUUCGGCUAAUUCCAAUGCCCGUCGUCUGGGCAUUACCAAGACGACGGAGGUGAGGGUUGUGUAAUUUAGAUAGUAGUAUAGUACUGUAUGGUACAGUACAGUACAGUACAGUGUAGUACUGUGCAGUACUAUGCAGUACUAUAACUAUAAGUACAA